UCCAGUUUGCUUUUAUUUUAUCACGCAAAGGUUUGUCCCCAUCGGAAUUUUCUUUACACGAAUGUUUAUCGAAUUGUUUUCAGGUCAAAGUUCAAUUCGCUGCCUAUGUGUACGUGCAGGUUUCAUAGGUGUGUGUUUUAAUUAGAGCCCGUGCGCUACUGGUCUCAGUGAUGCGCUGAACGCGCCGCGCCAGCAGUGCGUCUCUCCUCCGCGCGCGCGCCUCUCCUCGCGUCCAGGUGUCACAUUCUUCGGAUGCUUCUUAUCAUUCGAACCCAAGACAGAAUCACCAUGACGGACUCCUCUUCUGUAGCUGACCCCACUUCUGAUCCCGUGGAUCCCGGCCCCGGUGCUGGUGCGGUUUCGUUUUCAGCGGAGGUUGAUCCAGCGAUACAGCAGCCGAACCCACCCGACACUUUCAGCAUGGAGCAGCAGAUGAAAAUGGGCGAAACGGACGAUAACGGUCUCUUGGAGAGCAGCAUGCGUCUGAAACCCCACGAGGCUCAGAGCUACAGAAAAAAGGCAUUAUGGGUAUCCUGGGUGUCCAUUGUGGUGACUUCGAUCCUUGCCAUCGCUGCGUUCACCGUUUCAAUAAUGCGACACAGCGCGUCUGCAUUUGGGUUUGCAUUUGACGCCACCCUUGACGUCCUCUCUUCCAUCAUAGUGCUUUGGCGAUACAGCAACGCUGCAGCCGUGCAUUCGGCACACAGAGAAUACAUAGCGUGUGUUAUUCUUGGGGUGGUGUUUAUCCUGUCUGCCAUCACUAUUCUGGUGAAAGCCAUCCAUGAUCUCGUCACAAAGCUUCAACCUGAAGUGGAUGAUUUCCUGUACAGCGUGUCUGUUGUCAGCGGUGUGGUUUGCACGAUUCUGUCCUUCUUUAAGUUCAUGCUGGGGAAAGUCCUCACCAGCAGGGCCCUCAUCACCGACGGUUUUAACUCUCUGGUUGGAGCUGUAAUGGGAUUUUCUAUCCUGAUCAGCGCCGAGGUGUUUAAACACGAGCCCAGCGUCUGGUAUCUGGAUGCUUCCAUCGGCUUUCUCAUGGGACUCAUCAUUCUCGCCUACGGAGUCAAGCUGUUGAAAGACAUGGUCCCCCGCAUCAGGCAGACGAGGAAUUACGAACGUUUCGAGUAGGAUUCGGAAACAUCUCGAAACAAUCGUGGAGAUUCUCCUGAGUGAAUAAAACAAACACACACCCACACACACACUCUUCCUCGCCUCAGGCCAGACGCAACCACAAACAGAGCUGUAAAUAUGGAAAUGAGAAAGAAAAACUGGAAUUAAAUAUAUAAAAGUUUUUUGUUAUGUUGUUUGUGCUCUCCACUAAUGAGCUUCUCGAUCUGUGAAAGACCAAUGUGGGAAACAAUUUAAAGGCGAACUAUUUGAUCGUAUUUAAAACCCAGAAAGGAAAGUUUCAGAGGAAUUAUGGGUAAUCGCAAUUGCCUCAGUGCAUUUUAGUGUAGGUAUGAUUUGUUCAGUUUGUGAUAUAGACUAAUGUGUUUAUCUUCAGAUUCAGGUAACGGGGAUAGAGGUUUAUCAGGUUGGCACAUAUUGUUGUUUUCGUCGAGUUUGUUUACACAUUUUUAAGUUUCUGCUUAUAUAAGCAGGCACAGGUAAUAAAAUGUGUUAUUUUUGUCAUUUUUUACAUAAAAAAUGAAAACUUUCAAUAUUCAAAUCUAGGUAUAGGUUUAAGAAAAGCAUUACAAUUCACAGCGUCGUGAUGACGGUACACAGUGGUAAAAGCGCUUCUUAGAUUUUUUUUAAAUGAAUAAAUAUUUUGUUCAUUUUCUCCUGUUAAAAUGUGCCAUUUAAUUGUCAACAUGGACUUUAUUAUUAUUAGAUAAAUGGGGCAUUUUCAUAUCUAUUUAACAUAUUGAACAACAAGUUUUUUAUAUUUCAGGAUUUGGACAUUGCUAGUCUAAAUACACAAUCUAUAUAUAUACACGAUUAAAAAUGUACAUUUCUAAAAAGAAUCUUUUUUGGUUAACACAAAUACAACAAACGUCUCUUUUCACACACUAUAAAGUAAAGUAAACUGUAAAGUUCUGUACAGUCCCUGUGUUAAACGAUGAUCCAAUCUUGCCUACAGCUUUUGUCGAAGCCUGUAGUGAAUUAUUAGGUGGCCACACAAAUGCGUUACUUGUACAUUAACAAAAGCCUUAAAACUUGACCCUUCAUGAUGUGAAGUUAUACGUUCUAUAAGUAUUACAUAGACUGUUGUCAUUUUGCCAUGACAUUUUGCUAUUUCAAUGUUUAUUAGGGAAAAGCCAAGUUUCCGGGCGUUUUAUGUAGCAAGCAUAACGUGUGGAGCAGGUGGACAUACCUUUUUGCUCUGAGCAAAUGGUUUGUCCUAAUAUUUGGUUAUGUGGUAUUUCAUGGGGUGGUUGGAUUUACUGUUCCGUUACAUUAUUGACAUGUUAAAUAUCUUGAGGUUGUGUUAGAGAAACUAGCUCAAGCACACGCCGCCCCUUUAAAUGGGAGUUUUCGUUUGUACAGUUUGUUCAACCACAUAUAAAUGUGUGAUGAGGACUUGAGAAGAUGAGAUUGGGGCUGAUGUUUGGA